CACAGCAGCCAGCUGACUGGGGUUCAGAUUAACCUUCGCUGAGGGAGUGCACAGUGACUGAGGGGCACGGAGCUGUCGGGCGCGGUCUCACUUCCUCCUCGGGACGUCCAGGUUACAGGCAGCAGGAGGCUCCCCCGUCGCCAUGGCGCAGCAGGCUAUCAGCUCCCCCUUCCUCCGGCCCUUCUUCCUCAAGACCCCGGUGAGCGUGGCCAGCCCCGGGCGCCAGCGCCGCCACACGCUCCCCGCCAGCGAGUUCCGCAACCUCACGCCGCAGGACGCCAUCAGCGUGUUCGAGAUCGAGAGGGAAGCUUUUAUCUCAGUGUCCGGGGAGUGCCCACUCACCCUGGAGGAGGUUCUGGGCUUCCUGGGCCAGUGUCCGGAGCUGUCCCUGGGCUGGUUUGAGGAGGGACAGCUGGUGGCCUUCAUCAUCGGCUCCGGCUGGGACAAGGAGCGCUUGGCACAGGAGGCCAUGACCAGGCACGUUGCGGACACGACGGCGGUGCACAUCCACGUGCUCUCGGUGCACCGGCACUGCCGGCAGCAGGGCAAGGGCUCCAUCCUGCUGUGGCGCUACCUGCAGUACCUGCGCUGCCUGCCGCGCCUGCGCCGCGCCCUGCUGGUCUGCGAGGAGUUCCUGGUGCCCUUCUACCUCAAGGCCGGCUUCAAGGAGAAGGGGCCCUCCGCCAUCAGCGUGGGCUCCUUCGCCUUCAUGGAGAUGGAGUACCUGCUCGGGGGCCUGGCCUACGCCCGGCGGAACAGCGGCUGCUAGCGCCGCCCGCCGUCCCCGGCUCUGUCACCGCCUCCGGAGAGGGCCCCCCUCACCCACAACGCCAGUGCCACACAGACUCUGCCGCAGACUCACCCGAGUCUGACCAAUGAUCUACCUGUUCACCCAGCUCGUCCUCAGACCAGUCAAAACACCUCAUAAAGAAGUACAGGACGGCUGCACCACAAGCGGUGUUCGUGUCGUCUUAUCUCACAUAGGGGUGCCUUAUCCCAGGCAAUGAACUGUAACGAGAGGCAGACCUUAUCUGCCUGAAGACCCCCAAGGUCCACCUCAGCCUUCCUUAACCUUUUACAAUCGUCGACCUCAACAAGCCGCAAAGGGCCAGCGUGAUCUGGCAGAGAGAGAGAGAGUGAGUGAGU